AUUCGGUAUUGUGUGAAGUGUAGUGAACUACAAUAAUAUUAUAAACAAAAAUGUACACACUCAUACAAAAGGUAAUAGAUUUAAACGAAUCAAAAAUAUGGUACUUAACUGUUAUUUCACUGAUAAUUAUAUUAGUUAUGAUACUACGAUUGGAAGGCAGAAGAAAAAGAAUAUUGGCAAAUAAAAUACCAGGUCCCGAUGGUUCAAUUUUUAUUGGCUUAUUGCCAUUAUUUCUACAAGGGCCAGAAAAACUUAUCUCAAGUGGAUUAAAAGUGUACCAAAAAUAUGAGAAGUCUUUAUUUAAAGUAUGGGUCUUAAAUAACCUUUACAUUGUACUUACACGACCUGAAGAUAUAGAAUUAGUCCUUACUAAUCCAAAAUUACAAAAGAAAUCUAAAGAAUACUUGGUUUUACAAGAAUCCAUCAUGGGCCAAGGAAUAUUUUCAAUCGAUGACAUAAAAAAAUGGAAAAGUAAUAGGAAAAUGGUAUCAGGAGGUUUUAAUUUUAAAAUUAUAAAAUCAUUUAUACCGAUAUUUUUCGAAGAAUCUAAUGUUCUUAACAACAUAUUAAAACAAAACUAUGAUUUGAAAUCAAACGAGUGUGAUAUAAGUUCUCCUAUUAGUAUGGCUACAAUGGAAAUGAUCGGAAAAACCGCUUUAGGUGUAAAAUUUAAUGCUCAAAAUGGCGGUCGUCAUCGAUUUGUCGAAAAUUUACAAACAGCCAUGAUUGCAUGGGAAUACAGAAUUACACAUCCAUGGUAUUUGAGCAAAACAUUAUUCCGGCUUUCAUCAGUUAAUCAAAAACACGAUCAAAGUCAAAAAAUCAUUAACGAUUUUACUGAUGAAAUAAUUAAUAAAAAACUUGAUGAAUUGAAUCAAAAUGCAAAUAAUGAAAAAAAAGUAGAAACAGAUGACGAAGAUAUUUGUCGAAAAACAAAAACGGUUAUAGAGAUUUUGUUAGGAAACUAUCAUGAAAUGUCGCAUGAACAAAUACGAGAUGAACUUGUGACUAUCAUGAUUGGAGGCCAAGAAACUACUGCUAUGGCCAAUGCAUGUGCAAUUUUUAUGUUAGCUCAUCAUCCAGAAGUACAGAACAAGGUGUUUGAAGAAUUACAAUCGAUAUUUUCGAUCGGCGAUCAGAAUAGAUCACCAACAUACGAAGAUUUACAACAAAUGGAAUAUCUAGAACGGGUGAUCAAAGAAACAUUACGAAUUUUCCCUCCUUUACCUGUUUUUGGUAGAAGUUUAGAGGAGGAAAUGCAAAUCGGAGAAUAUUUGUGUCCAGCUGGUUCAACGCUGAUGGUCAGUCCACUAUUUUUACAAUCGAGUACGCAGUACUACACUGAUCCAGAAAAAUUUAACCCCGACAACUUUUUACCAGAUACGUGUCGCAGCCGGCACCCAUAUACAUUUAUACCAUUCAGUGCGGGAUACAGGAACUGUAUCGGAAUAAAAUAUGGCAUGCUCCAAAUGAAAACCGUCAUAUCGACACUAGUGCGAAAAAAUACAUUUUUUCCAUCAGACAGAUGUCCCACGCCGAAACACCUAAGAUUAAUGUUUUUAGCAACACUUAAAUUUGUCGACGGUUGUUACGUAAAAAUAGUACCAAGAACUUCGAUUCGACUGUAUUUCAUUCAUUCAUUCUCACUGCCGUUGAUUUUACGAUUUGCCGUGAAAAUGGGCUUAGAUCGUAAAAGAAAGUCAAUUAACGCUCUUCAGAACACUGAUAAAAAAAGAAAGAGCAUAACAGAAAAAAAACCUGCUUCUUCUUCAUCUUCUGAAGAUUCUGAUGAGCAAUCUGAUCAUGAUAAUGGAUUAAAUAAUGAAGUAAAAAAUGAAAAUCCUACCAUCAGCCGUUGGCCUCAAGAUGAUAUCCAAAAGCUGUUAUCUAAAAUGGAGUUGGCACUUCCUAAGAAUGACAAUCAAACAUUUAGAAGUCGAUUUACAAAACUGGACUGGGAUAAAAUUCAAUUUGAUAGUUAUAGUAAAGAUGAAUGUCAAUCCACUUGGUUAGCUAUUCAAGAUCAGCUUAGAACAUUUAAAACUAUAGGUGAUCUUAUUCAUGAUGCUAGAAAUUUAUUGGAAACUAAAGGCAUUGAUACCUAUCGUUCAAAAACAAAUCGGUUACAAAAACCUAGAACCGCAUACAUGUUAUUUUAUACAGAACUUCUUCAAAAAUACAAGAAAAAACAUCCGGAUUUAAAAUUGCCUCAGUUGACACAAAUUAUUGCUGAAAAAUAUAAUAAAUUAUCUCCUGAAAAAAAACAAACAUUAAUUGAUAGAGCACAAAAAUUAAAGACUGAAUAUAUUGAAUUGGUUGAUAAAACAAAUGUAGGUUUCAAAUUUAAAGAAUCAAAUAAACCGAAAACUCCAUUUCAAAUUUUUAUGGAAUCGAAAUCAUCAGAUUUAGAAUUAGGUAGUGUUGAAAAAGCUGAAUUUCAAAACCAAUUAAAAGAAAAGUGGGAUGGUAUGACAGAAAAGAAAAAAUCAAAAUGGAUUAAAUUGGCAAAUGAAAGAGAACAAACAUAUUUAAACAAUCUAAAAGAAGACCACAAAAAUGAUCCUGCUUUCACUAUGCCUACAAAAAGUGCAUUGACCAAAGGUGAUAGAAAUAUUUUGGAUUCCCAAUCAGGGAAACCAAAAAAACCUCCAGUCAAUAAUUAUGGUCUUUUCUCUAAAGAAAUGUUACAAAGUAAUGCAUUAGAUGGUGUUCCUCCUAAAGAAAGAAUGUCAAUGUUGGCAAAGAAAUGGAAAGCUUUCUCUAAUGAAGAGCGACAAAUUUAUUCAGACAAGUUGAAAGUUAUAACUGAGCGAUAUAAAACUGAAUUUGAAGCAUACUUAAACACACUACCAGAAAAUGAAAAACAAUUGGAAAUGGCUAAAAUCAAAGGAAAACCUAAAAAACCUGAGCCAAAAGUUGUACCUAGGAUUAAUGCUAGAGAAGUAAUCUCAGAAAAACCUACAGAAAAAAUUAAGAAAAAAGGUACUUCGCAAUAUAACUCAAAAACUAAAACAUUCAAAAAUGAACCAAAAGCAGUACCUUAUAAAAAUGCAUUUGAAUUAUACAGAAGUAAAUUGGAACCAAAUGAAAAACACCCUAUUACAAGUUUAGAAGAUUGGAACAAAAAAAAUGGGAAAAAACAACUUAUGUAUGAAAACGAACUUAAAGCUCUUAAAAAAGAAUAUAUGAAAAAUUUGAAAGUGUUUUUAAGAGGUCUUUCUGAAGCCGAUUUGCAAUUGUAUCUACAACUGAGAAAACCUGAAUUUUUAACUGAAAAUAAUGAUUCUAGUGCCUCAGAUGAUGAAGAAAAUUCUUCAUCUGAAGAUGAUGAUGACGACGACGAAGAUGAUAAUGAUAACGACGACAACGAUGAUGAUGAUGAUGAUGAUGAUGAUUCAGAGUAAUCAAAAAUAUUUAUUACCAUUUUUAAUUCAAUAUUAAUACCUCAUUCAAUUAUUUUUUAAAUAUAAAUUGCAUUGUAUAAGUUAAUUUUAUUCCCGUUUGAUCCAUAUAAUUUGAAUUUUUAAUUGUUGUAACAUUUUGUUUGCAUCUCUUUUGAUAUUUAUCUAUUCAACAAACAUAAUUGUGUUGAAUAGUAUACUUACAAUUAGGUAAUCUGAAUUGAUUCUUUUAUUUUAUUUUUCUAAUUUAGUUUAAUCCUAAAAUAUUAACUAGUACUAAAUAAUUAUAUUAUUUUUAAUUAUUUUUACAUUUAUAAUGUUUGUUAAAUCAAUUAAACUGGGACUUCAAUUAUAAUUAUUUCUAUGUUUUUUAUGUACUCAUAAAAUAAAAUUAGAAUAAAUAUAUUUUUUACAAUUAAUUUAAAUUCGAAAAUUGUAAAAUAAUUAACCUAAAGGUAUAUUAUUUCGUACAAUAUAAUUAUAGUUGUAUAUUAUUUUUUUUGAUUCUUUUAUAUAGAUUCAAAUACAUUUUGUUAUGGUAAUGUAGGUAUAGUUUUUUAAUAACUUGUAAUUAUUAAUUACCAAUAAAAUUGUUUUAUUUAUCUAUGAAUCAACAUAAGGUUAUAAUAAAUUAGACUGUUUGUUUGUGGCCUAUGUUUAAGCCAAAUUAAUGUUGAUAUUUGACAAACAAUAUAUUUUUUCUUAAUAAAAGUAUUUUAAUUUUU